ACAAAGCUAAGGUCUUACGUUGUAGAAAUGCCUUAUGAUCACACGGCCUUCACAGUCAAAUCACAAAGUGACAAAUAACGUAUUUUCAUGGCUCAGAUUUGCAUGCCAAUUGUCACUGGCCAUGGAACAAAAAUAACACCUGACACCAUCUAUUUUUGAGUCAUACUUGACAGAAGCUGGGCGAGCUAAAUUGUGCAAGAGGAAGUCAACUUGGAACAUCCAUAUGUUCUCUAUUUCUAAUCCACCCAUCUCUUUCUAAAUCCAAUGGAGUUUGCCAUUUUUAACCUUCACUUUUGCCCUCUGCUUCAUCCUAAUUGGAUCUAACGGUUCCCAUGGGAACGCCAGAAAAAGCCCUACCCAAUCCCAACCUGACGGCAAGAUGUCAGGUUUAGCGUAGGGGAAUUAGGGAGGGCUAACACCAGAGAGGACAGCUUCCCUUAGUCCCCAAGCAGUGAUUGUCUGACUGUGUGUCAGUAUACAUCUCCGGUACCCUCUUCCUCCAGUCACCAACCACGGACUGAGGCCAGGAUCCCCUGUUCCCAGCCCCCACCUCUGCCUCCCUCUGUCCCGGUCUCCCAGUGCACCCCUCAGACGCCGGGAGCGGCCGGCCGCAUUUCCGUACCACACAGGAUCUUGGCUUGAAAGAGUGAUAAAAAAAAGUAAAAAAUGGGAGCCGGAGGAAGUGUCGAAGACAAGGCAUUAGCCGCAAAGUCCAAGGAGCUGGAAAAGCAGCUGGCGGAGGAUGCGGACAAAGAAUCCAAGACAGUCAAGCUUCUGCUGCUUGGUGCUGGUGAGUCUGGGAAGAGCACAAUUGUUAAGCAGAUGAAAAUUCUCCAUCAAGGUGGUUAUACCAAAGAAGAACAAUUGGAGUUCAGGGCGAUCAUCUAUGGUAACAUCCUGCAGUCUGCUCUGGCCAUCAUCAGAGGCAUGGAGAUGCUGUCCAUUGACUUUGGAUCACCAAAAGGAAGUGAAGACGGGCAGAAGCUGUCCAACCUGUCAGACUCCAUUGAAGAGGGCUCCAUGCCCCCUGAGCUGGCUGAUGUCAUCAAGAGGCUGUGGAGUGACAGUGGUGUCCAGGCCUCCUUCGAGAGAGCAGCCGAGUAUCAGCUCAAUGACUCUGCUGGCUACUACCUUGGAGAAUUGGACAGAAUCACAAAGUCUGAUUACCUGCCCAAUGAGCAGGACGUGCUGCGUUCUCGAGUCAAGACAACCGGUAUCAUCGAGGAGCAGUUCUCCUGCAAAGAGCUGCAUUUCAGGAUGUUUGAUGUGGGCGGCCAGCGGUCGGAGAGAAAGAAGUGGAUCCAUUGUUUCGAGGGUGUAACCUGCAUCAUCUUCUGCGGAGCCCUCAGUGCUUAUGACAUGGUGCUCGUAGAGGACGAUGAAGUGAACCGUAUGCAUGAGUCUCUCCACUUGUUCAACAGUAUCUGCAACCACAGGUUCUUCGCCACCACCUCCAUUGUGCUCUUCCUCAACAAGAAGGAUCUUUUUGAAGAGAAGAUCAAAAAGGUCCACCUCAGCAUCUGCUUCCCAGACUACGAUGGCCCCAACACAUAUGAUGAUGCCAGUGACUACAUCAAGAAGCAGUUUGAGGAGCUGAACAUGAAGAAGGGUGUCAAAGAAAUCUAUUCCCACUUGACCUGCGCCACGGAUACAAAGAACGUGGAGAUUGUGUUCGGAGCCGUGACAGACAUCAUUAUCAAAGAAAACCUAAAAUCUUGCGGUCUGUUCUAAGCAGAUACACAAAGAGAUUGUAUUUUUCCCCUCUUCCCUUCACUUGGAUUCAUGUUGAAGUUGAGCAGUAGGAACAGAAGGCACAACAGAAGGCUUUGUAAUGUCAUAAGACUCUUCAAUUCUACACUAUCCCUUCAUUCCUAACUCAACACCCUAAAUUAUGGGUAAUGAUGGCAAAUACUAAGAAAACAGCCCCAAACUUACUCCAAAGGGAGUCAACACAUGUCCAACAAAUCGAACAAAGAUGGCAACAUGUUCCUCACGGAGACAAUGUGGAUGAUGUCCUUUAGAUGGAAAUGUGGAUAAGAAGUCAGAAGAACAACCGAAUGAACACGUUUGAUAUUAGGUACUUUAUUAGAUAUUAUGGGGUUAUUUCUGGCUCUUAAAUGGUUUGUGUUGAAGAAAGUGUAGAAAGCUGCUCAUGGAAUCCAAUUGAUAAACUUAUGAAAGGAUACAUUUUGAAGUGAUCCAUCUUACUCAACAUGGUCAGAGUGAAGUCCUUUCCAAUUACACUGUUCUUGCCCAAUGAUUUUUAAUGUUUAUAUCUAGUUCUGUUUGGAUAUGCUUACUGUUUCGCACCAGAUGUAACACAGUAAAAAGUUAUUCAGCUAAUUUCAAUCAGCGAGUUCAAAUAGCUGAAAUUUAAGAAAGAAAGUACCAUCAAAACAAGUUAGCAAUGUAUUUUGUAAAUAGGGGACCUUAAACAUUAAUAUUCGAAUACGUUAUGAAAAUGUUCAACAUCAGUGACAUGUUUAGUGAUGUGCAUGUAUAUUCCAUUUUGACUACUGACAAAUGAACCUGUAACUGACCGGUCUUGUGAAAGAUAAACAUUCAAAAUAAAAAUGUAUACAUAGCAACUGCCAUUUCCGCAUGUCAUCAUUCUUUGUUUUUUUUUUCUACAAAGAUAUGUGAUGUGACCUUCAUACAAAGUUGAUUUACUGUUUAAAGGAAUACUUUUUUUUUAAAUGUGAGGUGAGCGAGCAAAUAAAAAUAUGAACAUGUAAAAUAAAAUUUCAACCCCUUGUAAAAAAAACGAAACAACAUUAAUACAAACACCUUACCAAGACAUUUUUGCCUUUUUGUAUAAUGGUUUUGAAAUUCACACUCACAGGGACCACAGUUUGAGUCCUGGUUAGGGUCCCCCUCUAAUGAACUACAUUGAUGUUAAGUUUUGUAGCCACAUAAUGAAUGCUCGACUUGGACUGUUACCAUUUAGGUGCAGGAUACCUACAAUACUAUUGAACUAAAAUUCUAUAAAGACGAACAAGAGCUCAAGCAUUAGAACAUUUGAGGUGCUGGUGCUCAGCUCAGCUCCGGUGAGCUCCUGUCCAAGUCAAGCACAUAAUCCAAAAGGAAGGCUACAGGUAAUCUUUUUUCCUAAAAUUACUGUUUGCGAUUUACAAAUGAUUACUUUGAUUAACCACGCUUCAACUGAAUUCAACCGAACCGAAUACUACAAGGGCAAAGUGAAUAAUUUAAAAUAUUAAAUUCAUAUGAAUCACAAUUUUAAAUGUAUUUAACCUUUAUUUAACUAGGCAAGUCAGUUAAGAAAUGAUUAUUUACAACGACGGCCUACCCCGGCCAAACCCGGAUGACGCUGGGCUAAUUGUGCGCCACCCUAUGGGACUCCCAAUCACGGCCGGAUGUGAUACAGCCUGGAUUCGAACCAGGGACUGUAGUGACGCGUUUAGCACUGAGAUACAGUGCCUUAGACCACUGCACCACUCGGGAGCUCAAUUGUCCCGUCAAAAAAAUGUUUGGGGAUGAAAUGUGAAACGGGGCAUCCGUUAAACAAUAAAUUAACUUUGUUAGACCUAAGACUUAAAUGUGUGUUGUAUGACAUAACCCCCAUUGCAGGUGGUGUUGUCAACCACUGACUCAUAUAACCUUGUGGAGAGAUAUACAAUACAAACAAACAUUUAUAUGACACUAUAUGAUAAUUACUGGUAUAAUAAGUCAAGUCUUUUACAAUCUUGAUUGUAAUUGACACUAUUGAAUAAUUAAAAGACAAGUUUGGGCCACAUUCCAUUUUAAUGCAAGAAGGAACAUUCAGUGUGUUCAAUUUAGACAACUGUUCAAAUGUCCAUUUAGCAAUAGUUUUUU